UGGCGGCGCGGUGGCGGCGGCCCCGGGGGAGCGGGCGCCGCGCGCGCUCCCAUUGGCCGCCCCGCCGUCAGCUGCUCCUAUUUUCUGCUGUCGCUUUUGGCGCUCGGCCAUCCAGAAACAAACCACUUCGACGACUCCUAAUAGUUAUCGCCAGAUGUACUAAUACACAACAAAUCACGGUCCGGGAGAGGGGGAGAGCAAAUGAGUUCCUAUUUCGUGAAUCCCACUUUCCCGGGAAGCCUGCCCGGGGGCCAGGACUCUUUCCUCGGGCAGAUCCCCCUUUACCCGGCGGGCUAUGAUGCUCUCAGGCAUUUUCCGGCUUCGUACGGGGCAAGCAGCCUGCAGGACAAGACUUACACCUCACCUUGUUUCUACCAACAGUCCAACACCGUCAUUACUUGCAAUCGGGCUUCCUAUGAGUACGGAGCCUCUUGUUUUUAUUCGGACAAGGAAAUUAGUAGCGCCUCUCCCUCCGGCAGUGGCAAACAGAGGGGGGCCGGGGACUACCUGCACUUUUCUUCCGAUCAACAGUACAAAUCCAGCGGCGUCCAAGCCAAAAUUGUAAAUGACGAAGGCACCGACCGGAAGUACACGAGUCCUGUUUACCCCUGGAUGCAGCGGAUGAACUCCUGCGCUGGUACAGUAUAUGGAACUCAUGGGAGACGAGGGAGGCAAACUUACACCAGAUACCAAACGCUAGAGUUAGAGAAGGAAUUUCAUUUUAACAGAUACUUAACCCGAAGACGACGUAUUGAGAUUGCAAACGCUCUCUGCCUUACUGAACGCCAGAUUAAAAUAUGGUUUCAAAACAGGCGGAUGAAAUGGAAAAAGGAAAACAAAUUCAUAAAUUCCACACCGCCCAGCAGCGAAGAAACAGAGGAAAAGUCAGGGGAGUAGAACCAUGUUUAAUAAACGCUACCAGGCCUUUCCUUAGUGCUUACUAUUACUAUUAUUAUUUACCUUGUGUUCCUUCUGCUACUAAAAUCCUAUAGGUUUUUCACAGUCUAUUAAUUCCCAAAAGGCUUGGUUAAAAGAUGUA